UUGGUUGCAUCGAAAUAGCAAUGCGCCAACAGUGUGCCUGACCACACCUUAUCUUAAGACUGACCUGCCCGGAUGAGCUUGAGUUAAUUUGCUAUUGAACAACGUGGGCACUGGACCAGAAAAUAACUGUCGGUCUCAAACUAGUACAACAAGACAAGACAAACAAGACACUUGCGUUUGAGUUACAGCCGCUUAACACUGAGUAGACCGAACCCUGGAUAUCACACUUGAGGGGGGAAACAGUUUGGUGUUGCCUGUUAUCGUGACCAGACGUGCAGUCGCCCGUAGUUGGUGUUGUUUGAAUUUCCUGCAAAUCCUCUUUUUAGAUAAUUGUGUUGUCGUCUCACCUUUUUAAAAUCACUAAAGGAGUUGAAGUCAUGGGAGUUGAGGGCUUCCCUAAAUGUAUAAAAUAUCUUCUUUUUUUCUGCAAUUUCAUUUUUUGGCUGUCCGGGGGUGUGAUCCUGGGUGUGGCCUUGUGGCUUCGACAUGAUGAACAGACCAGCAAUUUAUUGAUGCUGCAGUUUGAGGGAAACCCCGCCCCAACUACCUUCUAUGUCAGUGUAUACAUACUGAUUGCUGUAGGUGCUCUGAUGAUGCUUGUGGGCUUCUUGGGUUGCUAUGGCGCUAUUCAGGAGUCGCAGUGCCUUCUGGGAACGUUCUUUGCCUGUUUGACGAUUCUGUUUGCCGGUGAGGUUGCAGCUGGAAUUUGGGGAUUUAUAAAUCGGGAUACGAUCUCAAAGGAGCUGAUUACCUUUUAUGAUGCUGCGUAUGACAAGGCUAUCAGUGACCCAAAGAGCAAGCAGGCUGCAACCUCUGUUCUGAAGGUCUUCCACAAGACGCUUGACUGUUGUGGAAAGAGUGACUACCUGGAUGUGCAUAAAGAAGUAUCUGAUUUGUGCCAGAAGCCCUCUGCAGGCUUGGACAAGCCAGCGAACUGCCAUACCAGACUGCAAGAGCUUUUCUUUAACAAGGUGUUCCUGAUUGGGGUCUCAGCCGUUGUGGUCACCGUUAUUAUGAUCUUUGAGAUGAUCUUCAGCAUGGUCUUGUGCUGCGCGAUCCACAACAGCCAGUCAUACUGAAGGUUGCCGUGACUCCGGGAGUAAUCCGACCAAAGAAAAAGAUUCUUCUUUUGUUUUGUGUUUUCCAAAGAAUGCCUGCUGCGUUUGCUACAGCAUCAGUCAUAUUAAAUCUACAGACACUAA